UGCAGUAGCUCCAGAUCGAUACUUCAAUCACGUGAUCGAGACCUAUACACUCCAUCCCUUCGUAUGGUUACAGGUCCAGUCCUUGUCGGGAGCAGAAGUAGUAGACAUGAUGGACAUUCAGGGAGGAGAAGUCUUGAAUGAAGUGAAAAGACAGUUGCUGUUGGCCGGGCCUUUAUUUUCUAUUGGUCUGUUACAAUACAGUUUACAGAUAAUUUCUUUGAUGUUUGUGGGUCAUCUUGGUGAAUUGGCUCUGGCUGCAGCUUCAAUGGCAACUUCUUUCGUUUCAGUCACAGGUUUUAGCUUGCUGAUGGGUAUGGCUAGUGCAUUGGAUACCUUAUGUGGGCAGUCAUUCGGCGCAAAGCGAUAUCAUAUGCUAGGACUACAUACUCAAUGUGCAAUGUUCGUCCUCUUAGUUGUCAGCAUAUUUCUUGUCAUUAUUACAUCAAACACCAAAAUGAUUCUAAUUGCAUUGCACCAAGAUCAGGACAUCUCCAAAGGAGCUGGAUUAUACGCCCGUUACAUGAUCCCGAGCGUUGUCGCAUACGGUCAGCUUCAAUGCCUAGUGAAAUUCUUACAAACUCAAAACAUUGUCUUUCCCAUGGUACUAAGUUCUGGUAUAGCAGCUUUAAUCCACAUCUUAUUAUGCUGGAUAUUGGUUUUCGAAUUCGAACUGCGAAUUAGAGGAACCGCUCUGGCGAAUUCGAUCUCGUAUUGGAUCAAUGUAUGUCUGAUAGCACUCUAUGUUAAGAUCUCUUCUUGUUGCUCAGAAACAUGGACAGGUUUUACAGUUGAUGCCUUGCAUAAUGUGCUUGCUUUCCUUAGGAUUUCAGUUCCUUCAGCUCUUAUGCUGUGCUUGAAAGUUUGGACAUUUGAAAUGGUGGUUAUCUUGUCUGGUCUUCUGCCUAACCCCAAGCUGGAAACUUCAGUACUUUCUAUCUGCCUUAAUAUAUUUGGAUUGUUCUGGAUGAUUUCUUUUGGACUUAGUGCUGCUGUAAGUAUUCGGGUGUCGAACGAGUUGGGGGCUGGACGUCCACGAGCAGCACGUAUGGCAGCGUAUGUUGCAUUAGUCAUGGUGGUUGUAGAAGGUGUUCUGGUAGGAGUUCUUAUGGUUCUGCUUCGCGAUGUUUGGGGUCGAGUUUAUAGUGAAGAAGAAGAAGUUGUGAGAUACCUUGCAACUAUGAUGCCGACUGUAGCGGUUUCCAGCUUCUUUGAUGGUGUUCAGAGCGUUCUUUCAGGAGUUGCUAGAGGAUGUGGUUGGCAGAAAAUGGGUGCAUAUAUCAAUCUGGCUUCGUUUUACCUAGUGGGAAUUCCCUGCUCCAUAACUUUAGCUUUUGUCUUAGACAUGAAGGGGAAGGGACUCUGGUUAGGUGUUGUAUCUGCUUUUCUAGUCCAAGUGGUGUUCUUCCUUGGAAUAACAGUUCGCACAAACUGGGACAAACAGGUGACCCUUGAGCACUGUUCAUUGCUUGAUCUGAAUCUUCUCGCUCACAAUUCGCAUCUGUUUAACUUCAUCUUCCUUUCAGGCUGAAGAGGCUUCGAACCGGGGCCGGGAUUACACGGUCCCUCUGUAUGUGGAGCAAGACUAGAACAUCCUCGACAUUGCUGA